AUGACCGAUCUUACCAUACCAGAACUAGAGGAACAAGUAAAAGCCUUACAAGAAAGACUUAGAGUAUAUGAGACAAACCUGACCAUUGCUCUUUCAAAGCAAAAAGAGUGUGAUAUUCUAGAAUGUGCAUUAUUGGGUUUAAGAUAUAAGGAGGAUAAAGAGCAAUUUAGUGCUUGGGAAUCUGUUGUGGAAGACUCUGUAAAAUGGACUGAGAGUACGCCUAUAGCAAGAUUAGGAAUCCUAUUUUUCAAUAGGGAAGCUCGAAAUCUUGAUAGAUAUAAGCAAGUCAAAGACAAGCUCUUUACUUUAAAGACUGAAUUGGUGAGGAAGAUGAAAAAGGAGCCAGAAUCUGAGGAGUUGACAUGGGCUAAAGUAAGAUCUGAGAUUCUUAACAUCUUCCAGAAUCGUCUCCCUGAAAGGAAAUGGAGCUGGAUUAGUCCAAAAGAGUUCCCACAUUUGAACGCAUGGUGUAGUUAUGUGAUGCAUGAAGUGUCUAAGAAGAGAAUUACCUG